GGAUGGCAAGACAAGCUGUAUUGCAACCGGCUAAACACUAAACAGUAAUUACUAUAAAUGGUGUAAUGUGUUAACAAACUGACGAGUACUAAAUCUAAAAAGCUUGUUGCCUUGUUCGCCAAUCACCAUAGGAUAAAGUUUGUAUUUAGCGUUUAUAAUUAUUUGGUGGUACACAUUAACCCCAGUGAAAUGAACUCUUAAGUUGUAUAAACUAUUAUUAAUUUCUCCAUCACCGUUUUUCGACUUAUUUUCGACAAUGAGUCUUAUAUUUAAUAGAUUUAACAAAUCUGUUGCACAUUAUUACAAGUUCGCAGCGCUGUACUCGACUCAAACACAUUUUGGUUUUCAAACAGUCGACGAAGCUGAAAAAUCGAAAAAAGUGCAUCAAGUUUUUAAAAGUGUUGCGGAUUCAUAUGAUGCUAUGAAUGAUGUUAUGAGCUGUGGUGUACAUAGAUUAUGGAAAGAUGAAUUAAUGAGAACAUUGGAUCCAAGUCCACGCACACGAUUAUUAGAUGUUGCUGGUGGAACAGGAGAUAUUGCUUUUAGAUAUUUAAAUUAUAUAUCAGAUAUGAAAGGAGAUGGACAUGUAACAAUCGCCGACAUUAAUGGUUCAAUGUUGGAGGAAGGAAAAAAAAGAGCAUUAAAUUUGAAAUUAAAUCAAGACAACGUCUCAUGGGUAGAAUGCGAUGCAGAGAACUUACCAAUGGAAUCAGAUUCUUAUUCUGCUUAUACAAUAGCAUUUGGUAUUCGUAACGUGACACACAUUGACAAAGCUUUAGAUGAAGCGUAUAGAGUACUUGAACCUGGUGGUAGAUUUCUUUGUCUAGAAUUUAGCCAAGUCAACCCGGCAGCUUUAAGAUGGUUAUACGACCAAUAUUCAUUCAACGUAAUCCCAGUUAUGGGUCACGUAGUUGCUGGUCAAUGGAAACCUUACCAAUACUUAGUGGAAAGCAUUAGGAAAUUUCCAUGUCAGGAAGAUUUCAAGUACAUGAUUGAGUCAGCAGGGUUCAGAUGUGUCACUUACACAAACUUAACAUUUGGUGUUGUAGCAAUUCACUCAGGAUUCAAAUUAUAAAACUUAUAAUUCAAUCAAAAACAAUACUGAAAUAAUUAAUUAUUAUACUAUAAUUAAGUGAGAAUAUAGAACUGUUAAUUUAAAA